AUGGAUACUGAAAACGUCAAAGCGGAAAGACCCAAGGUCUCCAAAGAGCGAUCCAGUCGCCGCGGCACGAAAGAGAGAUCGCGCAGCAGCCGGGACAACAAAAGUGAACGAAGAGAGAAACGCGAUCGUGAAGAUCGUGAAGCCAAAGAUCGAGCUCGAAGGCACCGAAGUCGUUCUGGAGGAGGAAGCUCAGCUGCUGACAGUGGUCUUGACAGAAGUGAGCGAAGACGUCGCCGUGACCGUGAAGAUAAGGAAGCCAAGGACAGGGCUCGGGCGAGCCGACGUUCUGGUUUGGGAGCCAGCACAAGCGAACGCCGAGACCGAAAUGCAAAGGAAGACAAAGAAGCCAAAGAUCGGGCACGCGGGAGACGAAGUUCUGCUGGAGGGCGAAGUUCUGGUAGAGGGGGAAGUUCGAGACCUUCUCCUCAAGUGGGCGCCUUUAGCGAAACUGAUGAUCGUCGAACCUCUCAAAAGUCGUCCCGCCAAGAUAGCGUACGGAAAGAUAGGGAUUCCAAAGCCAAAGAGAAAAGCAGACGUAGUAGUCAGCAAGUAUCCAGGCCCGGUGUUGAGAGUGUUGAGAGCGUUGCUUCGUCGUCCCAUAAGUCUCACCGCAAAUUCCAAGAGGAUACUAGAAAACAAGACAAGGAACACAAAAAGCUGGUCGAUGCUGGAGCGUCUGCUAUUGCGACGAAAAAUGAAGAUGAGUUCGCCGUGGAAGCUAUGGCUAUCGACGUGGAUGCGGAAGCAAACGAAGCAGCCAGAAAACAGGAGGAGGAGAACAGACAACUGCGCCAGCGAAUGGAUGAAAUGGCGGAAACUCAACGGGCCGCUGCGGAACAAGCCGCGAGGAACAAGGAAGACGCGAAAAAGCGAAGAGGCAAAAUCAUGUGCGCAGUUGCGGUCUUUAUCCUUGUGGUAGGUGGGGGUGUCGCUGCAUACAUGCUAACCAAGUCAUCAGAUGAGGAACCCACUUUAAGUGGCCCUGUUCUAGACCCCAAAAACCCAGCGAAUGAGACCAAAGUCGAUGCAACUAGCUCUCCCAUUGGUGCCCGCUCUACCAGCCCUAGUAGCGCACCUACCGUGGCUCUUUUGUUUGACCCUCCCUCCGACGCUGAUUGUUUGGCAAUAAAAAAUGGCGAGACCGUUGAAAACCAGGAUGAUAUGGCUGAAUUUACUUUUGCUGUUGGUAUGGAUGUGGCAUUUUCCAGCGAUGUUGAUUUCGAGAACGUAUUAAUGCCAGACCUGGAAAAGGCCAUUCAAGGAUAUCUUGCACCAUCCCUGGCCCAAUGUCCAAGUGUCACAAGACGAAGACUUCGCACUGUCGAUCCCAAUGCAUAUGUGAUAGGCAAUGCAAUUUCUGCUGUAGAAUUCAAUCCAGACGAACCUUGCAACGAGGAGACCGGUGGUUCAGCUUGCUCCCGGAUCUCUAUCAAUCUCAGUGUCUUUGUGAAGGACAGGAUUGACCGCCUUAUCGUGAAAGUGACAACUUUGAUUGCCAAUGCUUUUGAUGCAGAUAAAGGACCCAUCAUCGAUCUUCUUGAAUUGGGCCCACCCUACGUUCAAGUUCUUCUGGUUUCUAUCGGUUCGUUGGAUCCAACAAAUGCUCCCAGUCAAAGCCCAUCGGCUGUUCCAACCGCCACAGUGAGUCCAUCGGAGACUCCAACAGAUAGACCAACCACGGAACGUCCAAGCUCCGCACCAACACCCAGCCCUACUAUGGCGGAUACUUUCGCUGAUACUAUGGCGGAUACUUUCGCUGAUACCAUGGCUGAUACUUUCGCUGAUACUAUGGCGGAUACAGUCGCUGAUACCAUGGCUGAUACAGUCGCUGAUACUAUGGCGGAUACUAUGGCUGAUACUGUCGCUGAUACUAUGGCGGAUACCAUGGCGGAUACUGUCGCUGAUACUAUGGCGGAUACUGUCGCUGACACUGUGGCGGAUACUGUCGCUGAUACUGUGGCGGAUACUGUCGCUGAUACUGUGGCGGAUACUGUCGCUGAUACUAUGGCGGAUACUAUCGCUGACACUAUGGCGGAUACUGUCGCUGAUACUGUGGCGGAUACUGUGGUUGCUUCCAAUCCUCCGACGAAAGUUUCAUCUUCGCAACCCAGUAUCAGUUCUUCAUUGUCACCUUCCAGCAGUCCUUCCUUACAACCAAGUAACUUGCCAAGUGCCUCGCCAUCUCAAUUGCCGAGUGUGUCGCCCAGUGAGCAACCGAGUUCAGCACCAUCCCAAUUGAUCUAUCCCAUAUCCUUUGGCCCCCAAACUACGUACGCAAAGGAUGGGCCAAACAAUGAUGGAUGCUUGAGUAAUGGUUACGCUUGCUAUUCCGAUGCUUGCGCAGGAGUAGUCCCGUUUCCAGGAUUUAGUCAGGUGUUUGCCUCGGCUACUCGCGCAGUUCCAUUUGCAGGUUUUGAUUGGGAAACCAAUCCGCUUUGGAAAUUGGAAUAUGAACCUAGGGGAUGGGAUUGCGCAUCAAACUUUUGCGCUGGCCCGAACGAUUGUUGUUGGGACGAUGCCCUCAUGGGAGGCUCACAGAUUGAUCUGACCGGGACGCCCUUCGUGUUCCAUUCUGACACAGGCAUCACAAUGGUUGGAUAUGGAACGAAAGCAAGAGUCUCAAUUGAUGGCACCCCUGUGAAAUACUUUUAUGAUGUUGGAGGAACACUUGGCGUCACUGGUGGUAAAAUUCUGACGGUGAACUCUGGAGGAUUAUGUGGGUACGCGCAAAUUUAUCCGAGAGUGACCCUCGAAAAUCAAUAA